ACAACUAAAUCAAGUACACACAUAGAAGAGUCAGGCGUAGAAAGCGGUCGGUCUUUAUCGCAGACCACGCCGAUAACAGAGAGCCGAAAAUAGAGGAGACAGGUUAUACCUGUAGUCCUAUUUACUAUGGAAACUUUACAUAGGGCUAGUCUGUUAAUCGUCAGUGUUUGCGUACUGCUGGGGUCUGGGCGCGGCUCUCCUACCCCCAGGGAUGGUGUCGGACAGUUCCAAGUUCUGCUGGAGCAGUCAAUCUUUAGUACAUUCGACGAGUUUGCGCAGUUUCUACGGUCCUACUUCACAGCACAAACACAGAGCAGAGGCGAAAGUGGAGAGGCCUCUUCUAUAGGUGGGCAGGCUGUCAUUAGAAAUCGUCGAGCUAGUCUUCCAUUACGGUUUGAAGAGGUAGAGAGGCAAUAUUUGAUAAAACAAUCAGUCCAACUGUUGGAACAGUUUGUCGGCUACGUCGAGUAUGUUCAUAACGAUGACGACACUCGGAGCUAUCUAGAGGAUAUACUCCGAGAACAUGGGGACAUGCUGAAGACAAUGUCCGUGGCUCAGCUGAAGAGUUAUCUCGGAACACUACAGAGGACCAUGGAGGAGGGAGUGAACAGCCAACACCAGAUGGUGGUGAACGGAAAGGUCUUCUCUCUCGAUCAUAUAUCCAGUUGGUGCUGCCAGUUUGGAUAAUUCUUUAUUCAUCAGUAUAUAUAGUGAAUUUUGUGUAUAUUUUGUGAAUAAAAUUCCAUCAUAACUUAAAAA